ACCGUUGAAGAAAAAUUUAAAAACCAAGUCCACCGAUAAUUUUUGUUUAACCAACAACAAAAACAUCAAGGGAUUUUAAUAAAUAGAAAAGUACUGAUAACAGUAGAUUCUAUUAAUAAUAGUUUACAAAAAUGCAAAAUCCUCUUUUUGGUGGGCAUGCUGUACCCAGCACACAAUCUGGAGUAUUUGGAUCCUUUGGACAACCAUCCUCUGCCACACAAGGUGGUACGUCAUCUUUUGGAUCUUUUGCAAUGCAGCAGCCCAUACCCACUGCUGGAUCUUUUGGCACAUCAGGAACACAAAGUGGACAGCCUUCAUUUUUAUUUGGAUCAUCUGCUACUCAAGGGGGACAACAGUCAUCUGCUUUAAAUGCUUCACUUGGGUCAAGUACUUUUGGCUCAUUUGGAACACAAGGGGGUCAAAUGUCAUCUUUUAGUGCACCACAUACACAAGCUGGGCAAUCUUCAUCUACAUUUGGAUCUUUUGGAACACAAUCCACACCUACAUUUGGAACUCAAAAGGAGCAGCCAACACCUAUUUUUGGAUCAAUUGGUUCACAAGGGGGGCAAUCUCAGGCUGUAUUUGGAUCGUUUGGUGCAUCAGGAGCACAAGCUAGACAAUCAUCAACCUUCGGAACUCAUAAUGAACAAUCCCCAUCCAAGUUAGGAUCUUUUGGGUCACAGGGGCAGGAAACAUCUUCAGUAUUUGGGUCGUUCGGGUCCCAAGGGGGACAACAAACUUCUCCAACUUUUAUCUCAACAAAUAUUCAAGAUAAACAAUCGCCUUCUAUUUUUGGUGGCACCAGUGGAAUCAGCUCUGGGAUGUUCAGGGGAGAGCACAAGCUUGGCUCUACAUUUGGAGCAACUACUGGUUUAUCUGGGUCCAAUACAUUUGGAUCCACUACAUCUAAUUCCUUAUUUGGCACAUUUACUGGACAAGCAUCCGUCUCAGUAUCUCAGUCUUUCGGAUCACAGAUGAAUACACAGAGUGUAACAUCCUCUGGUACACAGUCCAUUUUCGGAAAGCCAACAAUCAGCUCUUCUAGUUUGACGGGUACAGCAACCUUCACCCUGAACCAGCCCAAGACAACCAAUAGUAGUUCAUUUCCUGUUUCAACUCCAGGUCUUUUUACGUCUGCCUCUCCUAGCACCUCACCAACAGCUGGUUCAUUGUUCUCAGCCAGCCAGCUAUCUAAUGUGAGAAAGAGAAACUUUGAAUCUGAAGUUAACAGCAAUGCUCUGUUUGGAAAAAAAGAUCGAUCAGAAUCUACCAUGGAAGGACCGUCAUCAUUAGGACCAUUUGCAGUCAAACAAACAGCUAUAUCCAGUAAUGUAAGUUCAGUCCCUGCAACUUUUCAGCCAGGUGAAAAAUCCCUGUUUGGUAAAGGGAUUAGCACUUCAGUAGAGAGCACAGAAGCUUCCAAAUCUUUAUUUGGUAAGCCGAUGUCUGAUUCCAAAACUGAAACUCUUUUCAAAUCCCAGCCUGUAGGCAGAUCACUUUUUUCAGCCAGUGACACAACAAAAGAGAGCAGUUCCAAACAGGAAAAUGUUAGUACAAAUGAAAGUGUUUUUAGAAAAAAUAUAGAAAAUUCAGGUACACUAAAACAAACGGAGACAGGUUUGUUUUCUGGGCCAGCCCAACGCUCUCUCUUUGGUAAAGAACCUAGUGGCGGAAGCAACACAGGUUUAUUUGGAAAACCUUCACAGACUGAGUUUCCCAAGAUUAACAGAUCUGCAUCUAGCUAUAGUCUACAACAGCUAAAUGAAAAGGAAAGUCUACAAGAUAAGGAAUCCCUUCAUAAUAAUAAUCGAGAUCCAAAUGAAGAGCAAGAAGUGUUUAAUGCUGGGGAUGAUAAAGCCGAAGGUCCACUUAGAAGGUCACUGAUGAAAUGGAAAAGAACAAGGGAUGCUGAUAUGCAGGAAGACCUUAAAAAAACUGGUCAAUCAGCUUCUGAAAUAGAUUUAAGACAAGCAAAGAGAUCAAGGAUUCCAAGUGAGCAAGGUUCUAGAGCACCAUCUAGAAGCAUCUCAAGAACUUCCUUGACACGUAGAUCAAAAGAAGACCUUCGCUCCAAGACUUGCAUUGUCAUCAAGGAAAUCCCCAUACAUUUGAAUAAAGGCUCAGUAAUUCGUAGACAUUUCUCUCAAUUUGGGAACAUAGUUAAGCUCCAACCACUGACACUAAAGAGAUCUGCAUACAUCACAUAUGAGACUCACGAAGAAGCAAAAGCUGCUAAGGAAAAUGGAAUAAUCAUGGAUGAGGGUAGCCCACCUGUGACCAUUUUCUGGAGGUCAUCACAACCUCAAAAGUCACCAGAGUCUCAAAGUUCUACAGAAGGCAUGAAACCACAAAGGACCUUGUUUUCUAGCAAUGUUGCACAAGAGCUGGCAAGUAUGGCUGGAACCUCUGAUUAUCAGGAGGAAAUGUCAGGAUCAGCAAGUCAUUAUGAUGAGCCUAGGCUAUCAAGAAGGGAGCAGGCGAUGCAAAGAGCUACAACUAGUAGGGUGAGAUCACCAACACCACCUCCAGCCUCCCUUCAGGCAACUGCAGCAUCCAUCCAGGCAACUGCUGUGCCAGAUUUAGAAAGUGCCAAAGGUCUACUUAAAACAAUAUGGCGAGCAAAAGCAAAGGACACAACUGAAAGAAUAGCUAUUUUAGAUGCCAAAGAUAAACUUCUACGAAUGUUACGACGCAGGCAGCAGUCUGAUUUAGCCACAGCAAAAGCUUUUGUUGGAACGUGCCCAGACAUGUGCCCUGAGAAAGAGAGAUAUUACAGAGAGGACAUUCGUAGACUUGCACUCUAUGAGGUUAUUCCAAGCACCAUGACCAGUGUGACUGGUCUUAAAUCAAAAGUUGACCACAGUCGAGCAGUCAAAGAAUACAGUCGAUCUUCAGCUGAUCAGGAAGAACCUCUGUCUCAUGAGUUGAGGCCCCUGCCUGUUUUGGUGAUGACGAUGAAUUACUUGCUAGCUGAGGUGGCUGGUCAAGGGAGAGAUGGACAGUGGUCAGAGUGGUAUGACUUUUUGUGGAACAGGACCAGAGGAAUUCGUAAGGAUAUAACUCAGCAACAGUUGUGUGAUGUUAUGGUGGCUGAACUACUGGAGAAGUGCACCAGGUUCCACAUCUUUGCCUCAGAGAGGCUGUGUGAGGAAGACAUGAUGUCCUUUGACCCCAAGAUCAACAAUGAGAACCUAACCAAGUGUCUGCAGACCCUGAAGGAGUUGUACGCUGAUCUGGAGAAAAGGCAAAUCUUCUGCCCCAAUGAAGCAGAGUUUAGGGCUUAUAUGGUGCUUAUGAACCUCAACGAAGGAGAUAUCCUCAGGGAAAUCCAGCAGCUUCGACCAGAGAUUAGAGAGUCACCCUACAUCACUUUUGCCAUCAAAGCCUACAACGCCCUCAACUCGAAUAAUUAUGUUCGUUUCUUUAGACUCAUCAAAGAGGCAGCUUUUCUAAAUGCUUGCGCUCUUCAUCGCUACUUCAAUCAGAUACGCAGCAAAGCUUUGCUUAUUCUCAUGAAAGCCCUGGGUGCUCAUGGAAGAAUUAUUCUGUAUCCUGUUCAAGAAAUGAUAAAUCUACUCUAUUUUGAAAAUGUGGAGGAAGUGAGAGAAUUCUGUGAUCACUAUUGUUUGGCAGUGGAGGGCUAUGAUGUUGUCAUGGAUUCCAAGGCCAAUCUAGAGCCAGAGAGCUCGUUACCACAGAAACGGUCCCAGUCACUGGUUGAAGCCAAGAUGACUGUUUCUAUAGGGGAGGUCAUUAAUGGGGCACCCUUACCACACAUAAUUUUAUCCACCCCAUCCUCAAGCUUUGACCAAGAUGGUGUUUUUAUAAUGUCCCAUGAUUUUCAGGAGGCCAUAGCUUCUAGUGGCCUUCUUAAAUCAAGUGCUGUGGACCAGACAAGCCACAAUGAAGAACCAUGUCUACGCAUUGUGCCUGAAGUUCGGCCAGAAAAUGCACCAGUCUCUAUAGAGGUUAUAAAAAGCCUAGCAAGAACAAUAAUCCUUGAAGUAAUAGAUGCCAAUAUACUAGACAUCGCCACUGAAGUGGCUGCUGAGACAGGUGUAGUUGCUGCACAGCUUGAUGAGAUAGUUCAGUCCACAGUCAAGGAAGCAUUGAGUGAAAUAGCCCUGAAUGUUUUUGCUGAAGAAGAGGAGAGCCUGAAGAAGAAACUCCAUGAAGAAAUGGUCCAGCAGAGACAGCGUGUGUUCAGUGCUCUCUGUGAUGACAUUGUUGAGGACACUGUAUCUGGUAUGGUGAAAGAUGUUGCAGCUUCUGAAAUGAGAGUUGUGAACGCCACCCUACACAAGAAGUCAGUGGAACUACACAGCCAAGCCUACAGGGAUGAUCUAGUGAGGAAUGUGGUGGAUGAGGUUCUCUCCCAUGUUGCUCAAGAAGUCUAUGAUCUGGAUGUUGUAGCUAAAAGAGAGAGACUGGAUGCCACCCUCAAAUGUGUGGAAGCCAUUCGAUGCAGAAGAAUUUUACAGAGAUGGAAAGCCAAGUAUGUCUCCUGUGUGAAGAUAAAAAGGUCAAUGCUAGACUUCCCUAGUGGCCCACCACCCACCAAGACAACAACAGAACAGCUACAUUCACUUAUGCCAGAUAGGCCAGACAACAGAAUCUCCCACAAGUCUUUCUUUGUUGGUGAAAGUGCAAAACUUAGCAUUGAGUCCCCAAUGGAGAUUAUACAGCAGCAGCUCCAUCUCUCCACACGUUUGUCCAUGGCAUCAGCUCGUAAAAUGUUGACCAAUCUCUUGAUGUGGCGGCCAUUAGAUCUGACUGAAAUAGUUGGCCCUCAGCUGCAGAGAUCAUUCCAGUUCUGGAGAAGUGAAAGAAUCAUAGAAUCUGAUACAGCUAUUCUCCAGUGGAAGCUUGCGGUCUCAGUGCCUGACAGUGCACACUCCACCAUAGAGAAGGAUUACUUUGUCAACUGGGUUAAAGCUAAGCUGUGCCGAAAUAAUGAUAAGGAGAACCUUCUGAAACAGACCCCACCCUAUCAGGGCCAAGUCCUGACGCUCCAGCAUAAAAAACUGACCAGUCAAAGGUUUUCAGCCACAUCACUGGGCCUGUGUGUCCGCUACUUUCGUGGGGUCUGGAAUGAUAUACAGGAGCUUGAUGUACUCAAAAAGGAUGUGCUUAAAGGAACAAGUGCUCUACUGUUUAUUACCUCAAACACAGAAGAUCCAUUGAUGAAAAACUCUAUAAAAGAAAGUAUAUGGCAAAAGGACAGAAAGAGACUACAUCAGCUGGUAAAGCAGAAACGCCGAGAUCCUGCAGUGCCAUUGAUAAUCAUUGUUCCCAGGGUCAGCCAAGAUGAAGUCUCCCUGGAAGUCCUUGACGAGAAGCUUGAGCUGAACUCACUCCAUCAGCAAAAUUGUUUGUCUGCUGUGCACAUAGCUCAGCCAUUGGUCAGCAGCAGAGAAAGAUUGUUGGAACACUUUGAUGACUGGACAGUACAGCUGACAAACUGUCUCCACUUUGCUGCCAAUAACUUCCCCCCACCUCCCAAACUUCGUGUGAAACCAGUGUCAGACUACAUAGAAGAUGCAGUGGUUGAGUUUUUCAAGGCCCCUGUGUACCAAGACCUGCGCACCAGGACGAAGCAUCAGCUGUUGCACCAGUCCCCCAACACUCUCCUCUCCCUCUACAAUGAUGUCAUUGAACACACAGCCAUGACAGCUGCAACUGGUUCACUCACUGACAUGUCGUGGCCUGCACCAGAAUUUGACGACAGCUCCAAUAAAAAAGAUAUUCAGUCCGUAUGGAACACUGAAGGCCAUCUGUGUGACCUCAAUGAGCUGAUAGCCAAAGUGAGGCUGCCCUACUUUCGCUACAGUGACAUGGAGGCAGAGAGCUGGUCCACUGUAUGUGAAGAUGUCUGGUCUUACAUCCACAACCUCACCAAGAAAGACAGCGGCUCAGCCAAGAUCAAGCUAUUCCAACAAGUUGUCACCCUUCUCUCGCGAGUGAAGAAAACCUUUGAUCAGUUCUGCUGGCUAGUGAUGGAAGACGGCCCGUGUGAGCCAACCUACAUGAACAUGGCCUGGACUGACUUUAUUGACGCCUGCAUACAUUACAGGAUGGUCACCCUCAGGACUGGACAUAUCACCAUCAGGAGACCAGAAGAAGAAGCUGAUGAAACAGUGGAUGAAGGGGAUGAGAAAGAGGAAGAAUUUGAGGAAGUCCUAGUGUACUAUCAAGAGGAUGAGCUAGAUGACUGGGAGCCACCCAGAGUUUGGGAGGAUGCUUUGAGGGAUACAGAAACAGCAGAAAUAGGGCAGAUAAAACCAACAGUUAUACAGGCAGCCGCCCGUGGCAAAAAUUCUGUGAACGUUACCACCGUCCAUUCAUCUCAACACCUGAGUGAAAGUAAUACCGUUACAGUGAGAAAAUCUGACUCAACAGUUGUAACAGAUUCAGGGUCCUCAGAUUGGCUCGCUAUGAAGGACAAGUUUGAACAGGAACGAGCCGCCGCCCUGAAAUAUGAACAGACCCUCAAGUCCCUGUUGCUGGACGGUCCACCAAGGCCCACCACCCCCAGCCACGACCACCUCCUGGCCACAGAGGUCACGCCCAUCUACAGGGACGACGACAGGGUCAGGCCGGUCAGGUGGGUGGUCCCGUCAACCCCACUCAGUCGACACAGUGGCGCGGGAGCUAAAACACCCCAGCCUACGCAGGUUACCCCACCACAGAACUUGACCGCCAGGCUUAACUCCCCUCUCUUUCCUCAACAAGGCGUCAUAGAAGACGACAUCCUGGGGCCAUCUUUGUCUGAAAGGAUUUCUGACCUGAAAUUUAAGGUCCAAAGUGAGAUGCAGGCGGAUGUUUUGUUUGAGCUGAAACUACGAAGUUUACUGGAUCGUCCUAUUUAACACUAGUGCUAUUGCCAUUUUUCUAUACGUACAACUUGAAUUUAUUUGUUGUUGUCUUUGUUUUAUACUCGUUAUUACCUGACGAAUGUAUGUAAAUAUUUUGUUUUUUACAUAGCUUUAAACAAUUUAGAGUAAAAUAUUUGGUAUUUGAUGAAUAAAUUCCCU